AUGGACGAACUCAAGCGUGCCAAACAGUAUGUCGAAGGCGCGGAUUCUGCGAGGAUCGCUCCAAUCCCGAACACUGCGUGUUGGCUGGAGACCGUCGUCACGGUGUUCCUCCUGUCAUGCGGAAAGAAGCCGACAAGGCCUAUUUUACGGGAGCCGGUCAAAAUCCCCUUUCAGGACGCCCACACUUGCCUAAAUCAGGGCAACGAUUUCAAUAUCAAAGUCUUCGAGCUGGGGAAGUGCUUGAAAGAGUGGCAGACAGUGUUGAGCCCGCCAACCAGUCGAACAAGCCCUGUCUUGCUACCCUAUACCCAAGCCACAAACGGCGAUCUGCUGACCUACCUUGGGAUUACUCUCUCACCCUUGCACUCCACGAUGCGAGCGGAACUUGUUCCCGAGUAUGCUCGCUACCAUGACCAGGUCCUACAGUUCUAUCCUCAAGAUGCUUCCAAUGCAACCAUUCAUCUUGAGUCGCCGUUUUCCGAGAGCGAUAUCGCAGCGACAACCGCCUCAACUUCUGACCACGAUCUCGGAGAUGACUUGAAGAUUAGGGAAUACAACCCUUGCGGAUACGACUCAGCCCAAAUUGUGCAUACCACGAUUCUCGUAUGGUUCGCUGGGGGUGGUUGGAUGCUGGGUGGCAUUGAAAGCGACCACAACAUACUGAGCAACAUUUGCAAUGAGGCCCAAAUCCGAGUGUUCAACGUCGCGUACCGUCGAAAGGCUUUCCCGACUCCACUAGACGAUGCUGCUCAAGCUAUGCAGUGGGUUCAGCAGCAGUGCGGCCCCAUAAAGGUCAUCCUUGGAGGGGUCUCCGCUGGGGCUCUGUUGGCGGUGGUCACCAUGCUGGAGAUGUCUCAGCACCGAAUUCCUCCACUGGGGAUACUACUUGUAGCACCUUCCCUAAUCAAUACUGCUGACAGCCAUUUGGAUUGGGCCCCUGUCGAAGCCCCUUGGCUCACGCCGGAAAGAAUGAAGCUAUACCAAGAUACGUUCCUCCCAAGGAGCAAGGAUCGAUCGAGCGACAACUGGAGAGCAAGCCCCGUGUAUGCUCCACGAAAGCUAUUUGAUGACGCCAAAACAGUCCGCACUUUCAUCGCGAGCAUGGGAUGCGACAUUCUACGAGAAGAUGCUACGAGGUUUGUGGAUGUACUGAACGACUACAACUGCGAUGUCACCCACUAUUCCUGCCCAUCGUAUCCUCACAUGGCAUGGGCAAUGCAGGGGACCUUGGGAGAGACUCUUCUGAUAAGGGUGCUGCGGUUCAUAGAGUUACUGAUAUCGGGAGAAGAUGGCGAAGAAGCACUUGAGAUGAUAUUCCAGACGACCAAGUUGUGA